AACCCAAUAUAAGUUCGAAAGACCGAACGAACGACAAACCGGAGCCUUGCUUCAGUAGCAACCGAGCGCUCAUUUGGGUCAUUUCGUCGAGUGAGUGGAGCGCAUGCUGAGGCGCACCAUAUAUGUUAAUUGAGCAGGUGACAGUUUCUCAUACCAUCCAGAAUUCUGGACGGUCAUCGUUUCGUUUCGUUUCGUUGCAUUUGUGAGUGCGGGGGCUUUGAAUUGGCAAUUUGUGAAUAAUUACGCGGAAGCAUGACGGUGUGCAAAUUAGAAAUGUUUUGUUUAGCUUUGGUGCUUCUCGGUAUCGGUGCGUUAGUGGAAACCGCGACCGUUAUCAAUUCUAGCGAGCGAAAAGUGAAGGAUCAGCUCAAUGAGGAACCUGUCAUUGGAAUACUGGCGCAGGAGAUGUCCUAUAGCCUGGCCGCCAAAUACGAGGAAGAUUUCGAGAGCUACAUUGCUGCAUCCUACGUCAAGUUCAUCGAAGGUGCCGGUGCGCGUGUUGUCCCUAUAUGGAUCAACAAACCACGUUCGUAUUACGAAAGUCUCCUGCCCUUGCUGAACGGAGUCCUGCUGCCCGGUGGGGCUACCUGGUUCAAUCAAUCGAACGGUUACGCCGAUGCCGGUCGUCACAUUUACGAUGUCGCUCUGCAGCUUAACUACGAUGGAAAUCAUUUUCCGAUCUGGGGCACAUGUCUGGGUUUCGAACUGCUCACGUACCUUGCCCUCAACGGAACGGAACAUCGUGCUCAUUGCAGUUCUAACAACCAAGGACUGCCUUUGAAGUUCCAAGCGAACUUUAGAGACAGCCGCCUGUUCGGAUCAGCUCCCGAUGAGAUCGUUGAAAUAUUAGCAAACGAGCCAGUUACCCCAAACUUUCACCAGUACUGCACCACUCAGGAAAAUUUCACUGCCUUCAAUUUGGACCAUGAUUGGAGAGUGAUGUCAACCAACCUGGACUGGAAUGGACUGCAGUUCAUAUCAUCAAUAGAGCACAAAACUCUUCCAUUCUACGGCGUCCAGUUCCAUCCGGAGAAGAACAUUUACGAGUGGGUCCGCAACAAGAACAUCUCGCACACCCCGAAUGCCAUCAAAGCUGCCCAAUAUUUUGCGGACUUUUUCGUUGACGAAGCACGCAGGAGCGAUCAGCACUUCAGCAGCCCGAGCGAUCUCGAUCGGCACGUAAUCUACAACUUCCCUACCUACUUUACCGGGCUGAAAAAUUCCGCGUUCGAGCAGUGCUACUUAUUCAGAGAGCAACGAUACUUGCAGAGAAAGAAAACUAAGUGCAUCAAGCAGAAAGUGUCUUCACAGUGUGGUAAGCACUGAUUAUUGUGUAUUGAAGUCAGCACGCAGCAACACAAGCAACUUAAAUUAAACAAAUCAGCAAUGAUAACAAUUGACAAAAUGAUUGCGAGCAAACUUAACAUGACUUGCGGACGUCCAAUUGAAUUAAAAAAUAACAAUACCGUGAUGACGAGCAGAUGACAUCGUAUUAUCUUGCUUACAAUGAUUAAAUACCCGUCCAACAAUCGAA